AUACAGAUAUCAUUGUGGAGAAGAAAAAGAGAGGAUGUCCUGCUGUAACACUUCUUAUUAAAACACCUAAAGAAAUAUCUGUGGAUAUAAUCUUGGCUUUGAAAGUACAAAGCAGCUGGCCACUGAGCACCCAGAAAGGCAUGCCCAUUGAAAAUUGGCUUGGAAGAAAAGUAAAGAAAAGCCUAAGACUACAGCCAUUCUACCUGGUACCUAAGCCUGCAAGGGAAGGAAAUGGUUUUCAAGAAGAAACAUGGCGGCUAUCCUUCUCUCACAUUGAAAAGGACAUUUUGAAAAAUCAUGGAAAAGAAAAAACAUGCUGUGAAAGUAAUGGAGUGAAAUGUUACAGGAAACGUUGUUUACAACUAAUGAAAUAUCUUUUAGAAAAAUUGAAAGAAAAGUUUGAAGACCGAAAGGAAUUGGGUAAAUUCUGUUCUUACCACGUGAAAACUGCCUUCUUUCACGUAUGUGCCCAGAACCCAGAUGACAGUCAGUGGCGAGACAACCUGGAGUUCUGCUUUGAUAGAUGUCUGGAAUACUUUCUUCAUUGCCUCAAGUCAGAAAAUCUUGAGAAUUUUUUUAUUCCUAAAGCCAAUCUAUUCUCUCGAGAUAAAAUUGACAGGAUAAGUAAAGAAUUUCUGACAAAAGAAAUUGAAUAUGAAAGAAACAAUAGAUUUCCAAUUUUUGGUGAAUUUUGAAAAUAUAUAAAAAUA